UCGAAAUUUCGAAUCAGUCUGCUCUAGUCUGCCGAAGAGUGAGCUCGUGCGCAGCUGAUAAGGAUACACAAAAAUAUGUUCACGAUUACUCAGUGUUUACAAAUAGUGAUUUUGUGACUGGAUUUAUUAUGCUACAUUUAAACAGUGUUGUAUAGUGAGAAUACAAUGCUUCGGAUUAUUUUGGUGCUGCUGAGUGCGUGGCUGGUGUCGGCAGCUGAAGAGGAAGGUGGCAAAUGUGAGAGGAUCAAACUGCCACUAUGCCAGGAUCUGAGAUACAACUGGACGGUGAUGCCCAACCUGAUGGGUCACCGAGACCAAAAGGAAGCUGAAGAAGCUAUGGUCGCAUACAGCAACAUAUUGACAAGUGGUUGCUCCACACACGCGCGGUUCCUCCUGUGCUCGGCCUUCGCCCCGCUCUGCACAGAGCAAGUGUCGGGCUCCGUCAGCGCCUGCCGCGCCCUCUGCGAGACCGUCGCCGAAGACUGCAAAGACCAACUCGAAAAGAACCCCAGUAUCAAACUGAACUGCACUCAAUUCCCUGAUAGAGCGCGACGACUCUGCAUGAGGCCCCCUAACUCCACAGAACUUGAACCGGAACCCUCACCACCUCCGCGCUGGCCGUUCCAAGACAACGAGCUUAGAGAACAUGGCUGCCCCCCGGCGCACACUAGAGCCCCCACCGGCGAGUGCUGGCCCGCCUGCGGUCAACACGCGCGCUACAGCCAAACAGAAAAGAGAAAAGUCGAAAUCUGGAUGACUACCUUAGCGUGGUUCUCACUAUUAUCCACCUCCUUCGCAUUGCUUACCUUCUGCGCGGAACCUUCAAGAUUCAGAUACCCAGAACGACCUGUUGUGUGGAUAGCUACAUGCCACGCUCUCGUCGGGCUAGCUUAUGUAGCAAGGAGCUGGCUCGGAGCCAAAUUGGUGUCCUGCACCGGUACCACGUUAGCUGUCGACGGACUAGCAUCGCCGACUUGCGUCGCUUUCUUCUCCCUCACUUAUUACUUCACUCUGGCUGCUGACGCGUGGUUCGCGAACGCUUGCGUCGCGUGGUACCUAACCGCUGCCAGUGAAUGGUCCAGUGAAGCUUUGGAACGGGCAGCCGCGUAUUUACACGCCGUCGCAUGGGGCUGGGCUGGUGCGUGGACUGCAGCCGCUUUGGCGCUGAGAAGAGUCACCGCUGAUGAAUUAACUGGAACGUGUGGGAUUUCGGACGCAGCGGCUGCAGCGCUGAUAGGAGUGCCUCGAGGAGCCCUACUUGUGACGUCGAUAGCGCUGGCUAUCGGAGCGUGCCCUGGGAUAAUGAGGGUUCGACGGGUAUUGGAUUCGAGGGGAGCGAAAAGAGUUGGGAGAUUAGCGGCACGCGCCGCAGCGGCUGGAGCUCUGUAUUUCUUGCUGGCAGCAAGCGGGACUGGAGUAAGGGUUUUUGAAGCGAGAGUGCGGGAAGCCAUCAGUGGUUUGGCGUUAUUAGCGGCCUACGAAGCUGGGACAGUGGAGGAAACGGCCGGUUCGAAUGGACUGUCGAUUUGUUUGUGGUUAUCGUGCGGCAUCGCGGCUGGGGCGUGGGCUUGGUCGCGGAAAUCUGCCGUCGUGUGGCGGAAAGCGCUGUGCCCGCCUAAAAAAACACCCUGUUGUUCUCCCCCCCUGCUCAGACCUCAUCACCCGUACUAUAAAAGACCUUUACACGUGUCUAGAGUGUGAUAUAGUAGUAAGUGCCUCAAAGACUUAUUUAAACUGUAUAAAGUGCCUAAUUUAUGCCUUCUGUGAAGGUGCUCUCGAUUGUAAAUAGUGUAUAUAUACGUCAAUUUGAUAAAAUAUACUGUUGAUUUUUAUUCAUACUCA